CUGAAGAUUAUGCACAUGCGCAGUGCGCACAACGGCGAAAACUUCCUGCAAAAUAUUGCUCCCUAACAACAGACAAAGCUUGACACUGUGGAUUCAAGUGAAGACGCUUAAAUAAAAGCGUUUCUCAUUCACUCCUUCAAUGCAGGGUCCGGACCCACUUUCCAGGUGCAGAGAGUAGGCUGUGCGUGCAGACAUGUCGGGUCGCUCCGUUGCAGAGAUGGAUGACUUGCAGGAGCUGCCGACAAAGAAGGCCAAGCUUGAGAUGGACAGUGGUCUGGAGAAGGAGCCGAGUGAUUUAGGUGACGAUCAGAGUCCAUCUACUGUGUUGGGAUCUUCCGAGCAGGAAAGCUGCUACUCUGCCCUGUCCACAGCCCAACUUGAUCCAGGUGAUCAGGAGCAUUCGGACGCAGACAGAGGGGCAGCACCUCGAGCAUGCGGGGACUCCAUGAACUCCUAUGCACAUCCUGCCACGGACUCAACAGCAACAUCUGAAUACACCCAACAGGUUUAUCAAGGAAGCAACCCAGAAGUGACGUCCUACACCAGUCAGGUGGCCUUUCCUCCUCUGGCCCAGUCCACUGCGUACUCGACCUUCCUCCAGACAGGCCAGAACUACGGCCUCCCGCCCUUUGGUGCUAUGUGGCCAGGCAUUAAAACAGAGACAGGGCUGCCUGAGGCGCCCUCUGGUGGCCAGCCUGGGUUUCUCAGCUUCAGCAACGCAUAUACCUCAACCCAGCCAGGCCAGCUGCACUACUCAUACCCAAGCCAAGGCUCCAGCUUUACAACAUCCAGUGUGUACUCAAGCAUCCCUUCAGCUACGGCUGCUACCACAACCUCCACCACAGUGGCCCACCAGGAAUUUAGCAGCUACAACUCUCUGGGGCAGGGUCAGUUCUCUCAGUACUACGCUCUGCCUCCAAGUUAUGUGCCGGCCGGGCUGCCCGGCAGCGACAACCACGGCGCCAGUGUCGGAGUGGCCGGAUAUUUGGCUGUGAAGUCGGAGCAGGCCGACUCAGCUGGACUGCCUCCCAGAGAUGCGUCCCCACCAGAGAACCUCCCAGCAGGGGCAGCCCUUCCUACUAGUGUGGCUCUCUCCACCGGAGCCAGAGAUCAGGACGAGGUUGGACGUAGGAACUCUGUAGGCAAAGCCAAAGGCAAGGGCAAGAGGUCUGAUAGCUGUCCACCUGCUGACACUGACCUGGAGCGCAUUUUUCUGUGGGAUCUGGAUGAGACCAUUAUUAUAUUCCACUCACUUCUCACUGGCUCCUACGCACAGAAGUUUGGCAAGGACCCAGCCACAGUGCUGAACCUGGGCUUGCAGAUGGAGGAGCUGAUCUUUGAGCUGGCAGACACCCACCUUUUCUUCAAUGACCUGGAGGAAUGUGAUCAAGUCCAUGUUGAGGAUGUUGUCUCUGAUGACAACAGACAGGACCUGAGUAACUACAACUUCUUGGCGGAUGGCUUUAAUGGUUCCAGUGGUGGAGGGGCCUCAGGAACCACCACUGGGGUCCAGGGAGGGGUGGAGUGGAUGCGUAAACUGGCCUUUCGCUACCGUCGGCUAAAAGAGAUUUACAAUAACUAUAAAGGGAAUGUUGGAGGCCUGUUGAGCCCUAUGAAGCGGGAGCUGCUUCUCCAGCUUCAGUCGGACAUCGAGAACGUUACAGACGCAUGGCUCAGCACAGCCCUCAAGUCACUGCUGCUCAUCCAGUCCAGGUCUGAGCACAGGGGGAAGUGUAUGAAUGUGUUGGUCACUACCACUCAGCUGGUUCCAGCCCUGGCAAAGGUGCUGCUCUACGGCCUGGGAGACGUCUUCCCCAUUGAGAACAUCUACAGUGCCACUAAAAUAGGGAAAGAGUGUUGCUUCGAGAGGAUUGUCUCUCGCUUUGGGAAGAAAGUGACUUAUGUGGUGAUAGGUGAUGGUCGAGAUGAAGAGUUUGCAGCAAAACAGCACAAUAUGCCUUUCUGGCGGAUCUCCACUCACGGCGACCUCGUCUCCCUGCACCAAGCGCUGGAAUUGGACUUCUUGUAAAGGAGGCUGCAUUGAAUGUCGCACGCUAAAGGGCAAAUGUAGUCGUCAUCGUCCUGUCAAUUUUGUGGAGUGACAUUGUGUGAGAAAAGCCUCCACAACCCCUCAACGACACACACUUGCAUAUUGAAAAUCUGCCCUCAGAAAGAAUACUAAUGACUCGGUAUGUGUGAUGUGUGAUGGUAACAUACUGAGGUGGACUCGGGGUCAGAGCUGACUGUGAGAAACAGACUGGAUGCAUCAUUCAUCUGAGUUAGGGUUCCUCACGCCUCUACGGCAGCUAACCUCACCCCGGCUGAAACUGGCACUGAUUUGGACACAGAGGGGAAGAUAUCCAUUUUUUUUUCCCCUAGUCUUUCGUUUCAUUUUCUUUUAAAGUAUCAAAGUCUCUUGCAGUGAAAGCGAUCCCUCUAAUUUGUACGUCUCUUUUUGGUUUCUUUUUUAACAAAGGGCCAAUGUUUUCUGGCAUUCUCUUUUAAUUUUUGUUGUCGGGCUUUUUAUUUAGGCUCCGUGUAACUGAAAGAAUGAUAUCAUAGCAAAUUGGUUAAAAAAAAAAAAAGACAAAAUAGCUCUUUGUUUGUUUUGCACUC